UUGAUGCACCUUACUCCCCUGUUUUUUUCUAAAUGGACCUUCAACCAUUCUACCCUUUGACCCUUUCUUUCAUUUUCCUCAUCUUCAUUUUAACACGAAAAUUAAAGAAUCCCAAGAAAACUGACUCAAUUCCAAAUAUACCACCCGGGCCAUGGAAGCUGCCAAUCAUAGGAAACAUACACCAUCUUGUUGGCUCUCCACCACACAGAAAAUUAAGAGAAUUGGCCCAAAAAUAUGGCCCCUUGAUGCAUCUCCAACUUGGAGAGGUCUUCUUCAUCAUUGUUUCCUCACCACAGUAUGCUAAGGCAAUCAUGAAAACCCAUGAUGUUACCUUUGCAUCAAGGCCUUAUUCUCUAGUCUCUGAUAUAGUGUUUUAUGGUUCCACAGACAUAGCCUUUUCACCUUAUGGUGAGUACUGGAGACAGCUUCGAAAGAUUUGCACUGUAGAGCUUCUAAGCAUGAAACGUGUGCAGUCUUUUAGGCCAAUCAGAGAAGAAGAGGUGAAUAACCUCAUCAAACGCAUUGCUCCAGAAGAAGGAUCAGUCUUCAAUCUGUCUCAAGCAAUUCUUUCAUUGGUGUUCACAAUCACUUCUAGAGCUGCUUUUGGCAAGAAGUACAAGGAGCAAGGAGAAUUCAUAUUAUGUGUAAGAGAAGUUUUGAAUCUAGCUGGGGGUUUCUACAUAGGAGAUUUGUUUCCUUCAGCUAAGUGGCUUCAAAACCUCACUGGGAUGAGGCCUAAGCUUGAAGAGCUACACAAAAAAUUGGAUAGAAUAAUAGAGACUAUCAUCGAUGACCAUAAAGCUAAGUCAAGAACCAAACAAGGCCAAGUUGAAGGAGCAGAGGAAGAUCUGAUUGAUGUUCUAUUGAAAUUUGAGGACAGUAGCAAUGAUCAAGAUUUUCAUUUAACUAAUAAAAACAUCAGAGCCAUACUCUUUGAUAUCUUCACAGGUGGAAGUGACACUGCCGCAAAUACCGUUAACUGGGCAAUGGCUGAGAUGAUGAAGGAUCCAAGAGUAUUGAAAAAAGCACAAGCUGAAGUGAGAGAGAUAUUCCAGAAGAGAGGGAAGGUUGAUGAAACUUGCAAUGAUGAACUCAAAUACUUGAAAGCAAUUAUCAAAGAGGUCUUCAGGUUACACCCUCCUGGUCCUCUUCUAAUUCCUAGGGAAUGUGCACAAGCUUGUGAGAUUAAUGGCUAUCACAUACCAGCAAAAAGUAAGGUCAUAGUCAAUGCUUUUGCAAUUGCAACAGAUCCUAAAUAUUGGACUGAACCUGAGAGGUUUUAUCCUGAGAGGUUCAUUGAUAGCUCUAUUGACUUCAAAGGAACUAACUUUGAGUAUAUCCCUUUUGGUGCUGGAAGGAGAAUUUGUCCAGGCAUGAACUAUGGUGUUGCAAAUAUUGAGUGGAUUCUUGUUUUGUUGUUGUAUCACUUUGAUUGGAUACUUCCCAAGGGAAUGAAAAAUGAGGAUUUGGACAUGUCUGAACAAUUUGGAGCGUCUGUCAUAAGAAAAGAUGAUUUGAACUUAAUUCCGGUUGCUUUUUCUUCUUCUCCGCUUGGAAAAUGAACCCCAAAAGUCCAAUAUGUGAAUUUUAUUACUGUAUAAUGUAAGAAUCUAAUUGAAAAAAUAUUCAUAAACCACUCUUAUCAUCUUAUGUAUCGACCCUUAGACAAAAAAAAAAGAGAAUAGAGUGAAGAAAUGAAUUAGUAUAUCAUCAUAUAAUGUGAUAAGGUGGAAAUAAAGAGAAAAAUGUGUUUCUGAGUGUCUAUAUUAUUGAGUGGUUUAUGAAUCAGUCCUCUUAUUUAAAUGGUUCUUGUGGUCUACCACCAUUGUAAUUUACUUUGUUUUUAAUGAAUAAAUCUCCAUUGGUAGCGUAAAAAA